GUCCCAAACCCAGGGGAAGCCUGAGAGCCUUUAGCUGCAGAGCCCUGAGUGCUGACAGAAUGGCAUCUUCUGACCUUAGAGAAGAACUCAACUGUUCCAUCUGCCUCAACAUUUACGCCGACCCAGUGACCCUUAAAUGCGGCCACAAUUUCUGCCUGGCCUGUAUCAAGAGUGUGUUGGCCACGCAGAAGGGCUCUGGGGCCUAUUCGUGCCCUGAAUGCAGAGCGGAGUUUCGGGAGCGGCCGGCACUGCAGAGGAACAUGAAACUGAGCAACAUAGCGGAGCGGUUCCGUUCUACUCGAUCUACACAGCCCAAAAGGACUGGAAUUUUCUGUACUUAUUGCAUUCACAGCCCGGCGCCUGCUGCCAAGUCUUGUCUCCUCUGUGAGGCCCAUCUGUGUGAGAACCAUGUCUUGGUCCAUAGUAAGUCCCCAGAACAUGUCCUCACUGACCCCACAACGUCCUUGAACAACCGAAAAUGCUCAGUACACAAGGAGGUCAUGAAGUAUUAUUGCCCCGAAGAUGCUGUUUGCAUCUGUGUCUCCUGCUGUGUGUUGGGGGAACAUAGGGGCCACCAGGUGGAGCUCCUCAACGAGGCCACCGAGAAAAAGAAGAAGAGAUUAAGAAAUAUUCUGGAAAAUUUAACCUCAAAACAAGACCAGGCCCAGAUUAGAAUCCAGAACCUGCAGGAGCACAGGAGGGACGUGCAAGACAAAGCCGCCGCUGUAUCGGACCAAGUCACGGCUCUUUUUGGGGACAUCAGGGAACAGCUGGAAGCGUUAGAGAAGCGGGUGUUGUGUGAGAUCUCCAGACAAGAGGAACAAGCUUUGCUUCAUGUCUCUGAUCUCAUCCAGCAGCUUGAAAUCCAAAAGGAGGAGUUGUCGGCAAAGAUGCACCACAUUGAAGCGCUGUGCAACAUGACCGACCCAUUAACUGUCCUACAGGGGCGGGAGUCGGACUAUAAUGAGCACAAAAGUCACAAGGACAGAGGAAGAGAUGACAAAGACAUGGCCGCCGUAGGAGAUCUGGAUGAGGUGUUGAUCUCAGUGACUCUGCACAAAGCCUUAACUGAUAUUGUAUCUGAUGCAGAGAGAAAGAGAGGCCUCUUCAUCCAGGAGGCCAGAGACGUCCUUCUAGAUAUCAACACCGCUCACAAUAAUGUUGUUGUAUCCAGUGAUCUGAAAAGUCUCUCGAGGUCAGAUCAGAAGCAAAGCCACCGGCCGACACGGGGAAGAUUUAAAUUCUAUUUCCAAAUACUAAGCAUCAGGUCCUUCUCAUCCGGGCAGAGUUACUGGGAAGUGGAGACCAGUCAGACUGGUGGCUGGAAGAUUGGCGUGGCCUUUCCCAGUAUAGAAAGGAAAGGAGACCAGUCCUGGUUGGGGAACAACAAAAAGUCCUGGUGCCUGUACAAAUAUAAUAAAGAGUUUUCAGUGAUACACGACUCAAACAUAAACCCCUUAACCAUUGAGGCCCACUGCCAGAGGAUUGGGAUAUUCCUCGACUAUGAGGCUGGACGCUUGUCAUUUUAUGAGCUCACUGAGCCAAUCAGGCACCUCCACACCUUCACCUCCACCUUCACUGAGCCUCUUCAUGCUGCGUUCUAUGUACGAGACAGCGGUUGGGUCAGAAUUAGGAGCUAAUCAUGCUUCUUCAUUGGCUGAAGAUCAGCGGUACCGGAUCUAUCAAUAGAUAUACAGCUGGUGACCAGAAGAUUAUAGUAAAGGAGAUAUGGUCAACAAGCAUCUCUAUCAGUUUCUUCUGCUGGACAUUUAUGCUUUGACUGAUUGGUGCUGUUUAUUGAAUAAACUAUUUUAUAUAGGGGCAAUUUACUUUACCAGUGUCUUAGGGUCCUGGCCAGUAAACUCGAUACCUUCUGGAAAAGGAGGAAUCUCAAAAGAAACUCAGAUAAGCCAGACUUUAUCCAUCUCACUCUACUAACAUCUGGGAAAGUCUAUGGCAGAAAUGGCUGCCAAGAUAAUGAUAUGAUAUAGUCUCUAUGUCCAACAGGUUUAUCCAUAGAUAGAGCUACAUAUGUGGGUUAGGGUGGGUUGUAGGCCAUAAUUCAGGCAGGUAAAUGUCUUUGGCCUGAAGUUAUCCAUUUAGCCUCUCUCAUUUACUGAUUCCAUUGGUCAGGGUUUGGGUCAUUAAAAUGGCAAAGGCCUCUGUAUAUUUUGGGUUCUUGUUAAUACCAACAGGUGUAGAUGGUACAUUUUCCUGAUCUACUUACUUUUAUGAUCAAGUAUUUAUUAAGCCCCAAAAGGUUCUGCAGCUCUGAACUUUGGAUUGGGACAAUGUUCCCUCUUAGCCUUGUGCUUAUAUAGAGAACAAUGGAAAAAUGGAGAAUAAAACAGGAAAAAUAAUAUGGAAGAACCCAACACAAGGACAGAGGGGCCCCUGACUGGGAAUAUCUAUGGUUCCAUCUGUGAUCAGUGACCAACCCCUAGAUGGAGAAAUGUUACUCCUACACUGUAAUGUUACUACUGAGGGAACAUCUGGAAGCCCUGGAGAAAUGACUAUUGAGUGAGAACCAUAUUGUCCCUUUCCAGGUAAUGUACAAGUUGGAGCAAAAAUAAGUAGAACAAUUAUAUAUCAAGGUUUAACACUGUAUAGGCAAUCUGGGGGCGAAUAUCAUUGUUUAUACCAUUUUUUGCAUCCAAUGAAACAAAAACUACACAUUCAACUGUC